UCCACAAACCUCCAACCGAGUUUGAUAGUAUUAUCUAAUAGUAUUUUCUAUCCAAAGUUAGCUUUUCGCGUAAUUCUGAGUUAAAAAAGGCCCUUAAAAAUAAAUUGCACACGCAAACUAAUUUACAUACCAGGCAGUAUAAUGACUUACCAAACAUAUCUGGCAUUUCUUGCUGGAACUCUAUUUUCUCAAUUUCUUCAAGAAACACACGGUUACUGCCUUGGCAAUUUUGUUCGAGAAGAUUGCGACUCAAUUUGGGGCUCGUGUCCAGCCGGAUUCGCCCAACACCAUGAAACCAUCCCGCACGACGUGCCAAACUGCUAUUGCGUCAGGGAUUUAACUUCUGACGAAAUUAAGGAGCGGACCGACUGUGUUUGCAGUUCUCGAAUUCGCAGCUGCAACAAUCCGGUCCAUGGAGGUUCACAGGAAUCAAAUGCGUACCCUUGCAUGCAAGCUGUCCGAGACUGCCCCGACGAAACGAGGGCACUGAUUUGCAGCGGGACGGAGGAAUACCGCAGAUACGCGGAAUUUUGUCCCAAGAAACUUACCACUGACGAAAGACUUGAAGCAUGCGUUAAGGCGGAAAUGAAUUUAUGUUACAGACAAACUUUAAAUAUGGCUGACCUUAAGGAACGAAAUUCAUAUUUAGACUAUUGUAAGAACAAGCUUAUAACACCGUACUGUCAGAAAAAUCUUACUUCUUAAUAAGUGAAUAAUCUGGUUCAAGUUUUCUCAAGAAAAAUAUGUAGUCACGUAUGUAUUUAAAAUUGGAUUUGUAAUACC